CAUUCAAUCAUUCGUCCACUGAACGAAAGAAAAAGAAAGAAAAAGAAAAUCGUUUCAUCCCUUAGGCCCGCCGUUUCGCACAUUUCAAAAUCUCAAUGUCGAUCCCGGCGACGUUGAUUCUCCUCCUCCUACUCGUACUGGGCCCUACCUCUGCCUUCCGGCCACUAAUCCGAAUCCCUAGCGACCGCAGGGCGCACUACCACAACCGCCGUCACGACGACCAGCUCUACUGCAACAGCUGGAGGCUGCUAGUGGAAGCCAACAACUCCGUCGCGUGGACCGAACCGUUGAAGCGGUGCGCCGACUACGUCGUGAAGUAUUCGAGGGGGAGCAGUACAGUUCGGACCUGGAGGUGUACGCUUCCGAGGCGGCGGCGUAUGCCCGCACCGUGCCGGUCGCCGGAGACGGAAAGGACGCUUGGGUGUUCGACGUCGACGUGACCCUGCUCUCCACCAAUCUGCCUUACUACGGCAUCCACGGUCUCAGGUAAAAUUUGAUUAGUUAGUUCAACGGUCAAUGUAGCUCGAUACUUUCACAUGCCCAUGUUUGAUUGUUUUCCUAACUAAAUCAAAUGUUGAAUUGGAAAAUUUUCAUGGUUUAAUGGUUGAUUAUUAUUAUUAAAACGGAUAAUAAAACAUAUAUAACAUACUAGUUUAGGACUCAAUAACUCCAAAUUCAUAUAAUCCAACACCAAAACGUCUCAUGGACCAUUCAAACUGUGAAAUUUUAUAAAAAGUUUAUCGAAAUUCAAAUUAGCAAUUAGGAUGGUAGUCGGUAUUGAAUUGCAUAAAUCCAGUAGAGAGGUAGAAAAUGAAGAAUAAGUAAAAUUAGUAACCAUAACGAGUGAACAAAUCAAAUUGAGAUGGUUCAUUUGGUUGACUGAUUCGAUAUCCAACCAUAAAAAAUUGUUUGGUUCACUUCUUACCAUCCAGUCACAUAAAUUGAACCGCCGCUAUUGUAAUUAUCUUGACGAUUCUACUUGAUAUAACCGUUCACCCGGUCCGGUUCUUAUAACAAAUCAUAUAUUUAUAUCCUCAUGGGUUGUGGUUUUUGUUGAACGUUUCUUUUUGUGUGGCUGGUCGCCGGAAUUGUAUACACUAGUGCGAAACGGUCGGUCCAUGAACACAGUCUUGGAACGAUUGGGUGGACCAAGCCGCAUGCCCAGUCUGUAGUCUUACCGGCGAGCUUGGAACUAUACAAGGAGCUGAAAAGCCUGGGAUUCACCAUCUUCAUUCUCACCGGCCGGCUCGAAGCAUAGAGGAAUGCUUCUGCCGUGAAUCUCCUCGCUCAAGGUUACAGUGGCUGGGAGAAGGUUCUUCUUGAGGUAAUCAAUUUUCGCCUUCAUUUCCAAGACCCAAACUUUUAUGACAAUUUAACGAUGCCAAUGUGUCUGGUGGAAGCAGGGAGGUGGAAGAUGAAGAGGAGCCGGCGAGCGAGUACAAAUCGGAGAAGAGGCAGGGGCUGGUAGACGGAGGUUACAGGAUCCAUGGGAGCUGUGGAGAUCGAUGGAGUGACUUGCAAGGCUAUGCUGUGGCUGCUAGGUCUUUCAAAAUCUCCAACCAUCUCUACUUCAUCCCUUGAUUCUUAGUUCCAUCCACAACAUGCUAGGAUUUCAGUUAACUUGAUUGUCUUUCGGAUUAUGAAAUCAUGUCGUCGCGAGUUUGAUUGUCAUCUCUAAUUACAUCCCCUAGUCCUAGGAUUUCAG